AUGCACGAUGCUGAUUCAUUCAUGGAAGCUAAACGCAAAUCGCCCGACGAUGAUAUCUUGGAGAUUGUUGAUAUUGCCGACGAUGAGCAGCCCGCUUCUGCUCCGUUGGUGAAUUUUAAAUGCCCCAUUUGUAUGGAUACGCCAGACGUCCUGGUGGUAACCGAAUGCGGUCACCUGUACUGCGAAAACUGCGUCUUUCAUGCUCUACGGAGUGCCCGAAACUCGACAAAGACCUCUGGACAAUGCUCAAUUUGUCGAAAAACAGUAAAGUACAGCAACGUAAAGUACUUGGAGAUCCGCUUAGCGGGACAGGGAAGUGUCAAGUGGAAGGACAAGCGGCCCAAAAACAAGCGAGAGAAAAAGACCGACCCUGACGGCCGGAAGAACUUGUCAGAAGAAGCAUCGACUGCUCAACCGGAAUCAAAGCAGGCAGACCCAGAGGUAACAGAACCGGGGGCCGAUCGAACAGAGUCUCCAGAAAAACGACCCUAA